AUGAGCGCCGUCGAAGAACUAAGGUUACUUAAGGCUCAGGUUCAAGAUAUCGCUCGUGUGUGCAAUGCUGUGGCCAAGGGUGACUUGUCCCAGAAAAUUACGAUCCAGAUCAAAGGCGAGAUGUCAACGUUGAAGGGCACUGUCAAUUUCAUGCUGGACCAGCUAAGCGCCUUCGCAUCCGAAGUCACUCAUGUCGCGCUUGAAGUCGGUACGCAAGGUAUAUUGGGUGGUCAGGCUCGCGUAGAAGGUGAGCAAGGUACCUGGGCUGACUUGACACGCAAUGUGAACAAAAUGGCUAGCAAUCUGACUAACCAAGUACGAUCGAUCUCGGAGGUCACAAAAGCUGUUGCCUUGGGCGAUCUAAGCAAAGUCGUCAACGUCGAUGUGCAGGGAGAAAUGCUAGAUUUGAAGAUGACUGUCAAUUCUAUGGUUGUCCAAUUGUCUACGCUCGCUAACGAAAUCACUCGUGUGUCUUUGGAAGUCGGUACGGAAGGUAUCUUGGGUGUACAUCAUAUAGGAGAUCGUAUGUGUCUGACCCACGCGCAUUGUAUCACAUUGUCGUCAAAGACCAGCACAUCUUUGAAGAGCCCAACCAAUUCAUCGUGUCAGUAUUCUCCUACUUUCUUAUACUCAAUUAACUCGGUACUAUGA